AAAUUUUAGAGAGACAGGCUUUACCGGUCAGCUAAUACUUCAUAGUUGUAUUCCUAGUUGUUGUUGUUCCGGCUAAUUUUAGCUAAACGAAGAGAUCCCAUUGAGCAGCUUUAGGGACACAGAUCAGCAUGGAUAUUGGUGCUUUUCCCUCCUGAAACCCUUGUGUCUCUGUGUGGGUCAUGCAAGAGUUGUCCAUGGAAAAUACAUAGUUGUGUGGCUGGUAAUUCCCUUCAGCGUUCCUUUUGGUUUGGGGGCCUAAGGGAGAAGAAUUUUUUAUCACUACAAAAAUGAUCCUCGUGGGAUUUCCUUAUUGUGUUCCCAAAGAUGUGGCUUGAGUGUCCUCAGUGGCCAUCAAAGGAAUUCUAGAGAAAUGAUUCCAGCAAACAAAUUGAGCUGAAGGUGAAGCCAAGAGUUGAAUCAAGCUGGCUUCCUUUUUGAAAAGCUGAAACUCAGAACAUCUUGAGGGGUUUUAUCUCUAAGACUGAAAAUGUUGCCUUAGAACAAGUUUCAGUUCUGUUUUUAUUCACCAUGUCCUCUUUAGAUUUAGAACUCUUCUGGUCUCCAGAUAGCGUGGUGCCUUCAUUGGAGUAAAAGUAUGUGGGAUAGGGGAUUUUUCGGCACUUCUAGGAGAAACCCAAGGGACACAACUAUGUAGUUUGGACACUUGUCCCAGUGGAAACCGAAGGAUCUCUCCUCUUCCCAAGCACAGCGUGGGAAAUGUAUUGGAUGGUCUGUGGUGAAGCAGCUUUCAGCCCUUCAGCAAAAAUUGCUUGGCUGGAUGAUUGAAAAUUAUCUGUUCAGAAUAUACUUUGAGACCAGAUAGCAUACUUUAAUAGUUCAUGAAAUAAAUAAAUAAAAAGUGGUUCUGUGAACUGCUCCAGUAUUUGGGGAGUUUGACGAAGAGGAUGUGGAAUUUAUGUCCAUGUCAAGUCUAUCUUGAUAUGUUUUGGCAACCUCCCUGGGUUUGUCAUGAUGUGCUGUGUUGGGGUGUUGGAGUGCCAGACGUCUGCCGCUGCUUUUCCAUGAAGCGAUGGGUAUCUGUCCAGUCAGAUCCAGUUACGCGUGUUUUCUUCCUUCAGUGGCACAUCCCCACUGGCUUGCCUGAACGCUAUGCUCCACUCCAAUUCAAGGAGCUGUGAUGGGCUUUUUUACAAACUCCCCGGGCGCAUCAGCCUUUUCACCCUCAAGAAAGAUGCUGUGCAGUGGUCCCGGAACCUGUCUGCACCUGAGGGAGAGGAGCUAGACGACACUGCUGAUGCUGAAAGCAGCAGCUCCAACGAAGCUGCCAGCACUGUGAGUGGCGAUAAUGAUGUAUCUCUAGACGAAACCUCUUCAAACGCCUCUUGUUCCACUGAGCCUCAGAGCAAGAGUGUGUCUGCUGUCCGGGAGAGCCAGAGAGCGGCUUCUCAGGCAAGCAAACAGAAGAAAAAGACAGGCGUGAUGCUUCCCCGUGUUGUUCUGACUCCUUUGAAAGUAAAUGGUGCUCAUAUGGAAACUUCAUCAGGGUUCACGGGGAGACAGGCUGGUGGCGAGAGCAGCAGUGGCAGUUCGUCAACCCUCUGCGGCAGCACGGUGCGUGGCAGGACAGAAAUCGCCAGGGAGCCGCCCCAGCUGUUCCGGGGAUUCCGUAAACCCUCAGGCGGACAAAUGAAGAGGAACAGAGGCGACGAUAUAGACUUCGAGACGCCUGGCUCCAUUCUCGUCAACACAAACCUGCGAGCGCUGAUCAACUCCAGGACCUUCAACGCGCUGCCCCUGCCCUUCCAGCAGCAGCUCCUGCUUCUCCUUCCCGAGGUGGACCGGCAGGCUGGCGCGGACGGAUUGAUGCGGCUCAGUGGAAGCGCGUUGAAUAACGAGUUCUUCACCCAUGCUGCUCAGAGCUGGAGGGAGAGGCUGGCCGACGGGGAGUUCACUCACGAGAUGCAGGUUCGCAUAAGGCAGGAAAUGGAGAAAGAGAAGAAAACGGAGCAGUGGAAAGAGAGGUUCUUCGAGGACUACUAUGGGCAGAAGCUCGGCUUGGCCAGAGAGGAACCCCAGCAGAAAAACUCCACGCCCGGAGACACGGAUGACAAGGCGGCCGCCGCCGCCGCCUCCCACAAAGAACCUGGCCGGGCGCAGCGCGGUCCUGUCACCCGGCAGCGCGACGGGCAUUUCAAGAAGCAUUCCCUGCGAUGCCGGACCCGGCGGAGCCUAUAUAAAUUGCGUGAGUCUGAGCAAGCAGAGGCUGCCAAAGAGGCGUUGUCGGUGGAGGCCGAGUCCACCGACUGUAAAGACACAAAGCCAGAGGCGGAGCUGUGUGAAGGGAGCCGGGCCUCUCUGAAGACGGAGACUCCGCCCGAAGCGACCAGGAUCCUGAGCAAGGCGGAAGACGUGAUGGCGGUGGCGGCGGCAGCAGCGGCCAGGAUUCCCAGCCUGCCUCAGGAGCCCCAAGACCAGGAGUCCAAGGAGCAGAAGCGGAAGUGCUCCGAGCAGGCGGCCUCCGCCUCCUUCCCUGAGAAGAAGCCCCGGCUCGAAGACCGUCAGUCCUUUCGUAACACAAUUGAAAGUGUUCACCCAGAAAAGCCACAGCCCACCAAAGAGGAGCCCAAAGUCCCACCCAUCCGGAUUCAACUUUCCCGCAUCAAACCCCCCUGGGUGGUUAAAGGUCAGCCAACCUACCAGAUAUGUCCUAGGAUUAUCCCCAAUUCAGAGCCCUCCAGCCAGGACAGAACUGAGGCCCCAACCUCUGCUGACUUUAAGGCCUGUGCUGUGCAAGGCAGGACCCAACGAGAGGCUGCUGCUCCUGCCGCCGCCAUUGGAGGUGGGGGUGGGCCGGGAGGAGGCGGAAGGUGCACGGACGAAGGCGGCGGCGGCGGCGGUGGCGGUGGUGGCGGCGGCCGCAGCAGCCGGAUCCGGCCACCCAGUGAGCGCCCCAAGUGCUGGAGAUCGAAGAGAACCCGUGGCAAGUGCAUGCCAAGUGUACAGCGAGCACAGUUAUUGUCGCCUCCCCACUUAGAAGAAGAGGCCGGCUCUGAGCUGGCUAAAGCAAGCUUGCCUGCUUGGGCGAGGGCCGAGGCCGGCUCUCCCACCCUUGAGGGCGACGUGGCACCUGAGCAGGCUGCCCGCCGUGCUUCACUGGGGGGCGAAGGUGCCAUCCCGCUUGCAGAGUCCUCAGGAAGCAGCCGCUUGGGCGGCCCGGGGCCUGAGCUGCCCCUUGACGGCGUAGCCCCGGAGACACUGGUGGGGAGCUCCGGGCAUCUUCGCAGUGGCCUCCGUAGUGAACCGCCCCCAGCUCUUGCUUCGCAGGGAAGCCGUGAUGAGAAGGAAGGGCGGGAACUCCCUCCGAGUAACCCACCAAGCCGUUCUUUGCUAGACAAUUGUCCAAUGGAUCUCCUUGGAGACCCGAGGAGAGCGGAAGGGCUUGACGGAGUCGUCCUGAACUGCGUCUCUGCUGUGAAGGAAACCGGCAGCAGCUCCUGCUCUACUCUGGAUCUGCCGCCGGAGAGCGACGAGGAAGAGAGGUUUGCUGUGUCUGGCUCUCAGGCGCAGGAGCCUCCAGGGAGCUCUCGAACCGUUGGGACAGAGGAGUUGACCCAGAAGGUCCCUGUGUCGUCCCCGCAGCAGCUGACAACCCAGUGGCAUGGAGGAGAAAGGCCAGGUGACGAGGGUGAAGCGUCUCCGUCCUCCAAGCCGGUUCCAGUGUCCGACGGCUUAAAUGCUUCCCAGGGCAGUUCCGUCCCCAAAAGCCUUCCCCCGUGGGAGAUGCUGCUGGGUACCAGAGCAGAGGCAGCCGGCCAGCCAGCGGAGGCUGUGCCAAGAACCACCCCCUCCAGCGAUGACGACACCCAGAGCAUGGUGAGCGAGACGACGGAGACGGCAUCAGAAGCGGAGCUCACAGACGAGAAUGCGGAGUUGAGCCAGGACAGCAGCAAAGCUGCACAGAAUGGAGCUGCUCCCCACAGGGACCGCCUGGAGCAAUGUAACGGGAUCAGGUCUGAAUGUUUUGCAAGAACUGGCGCACGGCCACGCAGGGAGGACUUGCCCGCGGAAGCGGGGCUCACCGGCCUCUGCCCGCCGCAGCGCUGGGGGCUGCUGCAGCCAUCUCUUCUCCCGAAAGCUUGUGGACCUGCUCUCCCUGCCGAUUUAGAAAGCCAGAAAAGGCCCCUGCUGAGCAGCCCCAAACCGCUGCCCGUCGAAGCGUGCAACCCUCUCGUGGUGCAGUUGCUGAAGGGCGGCCUGCCUCCGGAAACGGCCCUUCCAGGAUCAUCUCUCAGUGGCGCCACGGCGGCCGCUGCCGCCUCCCCGAACAGGCCCUCUGCAGAGCGUUCAUUUGCAGUAGGGAGCAAGAGUUGCCUUUCCCAAAAGUCUCUCCGGGAUGAGGGGAUUGACGUGAGCGGCACCGUCAGGAACGGGUACUGCGUGCCAGUGUCUUUGAGGGACUCUCCCAAAAGCCAGUGCGCCCCCGGCCCAGUUCCCAUGCCUGUGGAGAGGCUGGAGAAAGAGCCACAGGGCCCAGAGCAAAGCCCUCCGCUGACUUCCACCUCAAACGCUCCAGGUCAAGCAGUGAGCACUACCCGGAAGCCUGACGCCUCUCGCUUGAGAGGGCGGGGAGCGUCCUCACCCCACGACUCCGUCGAUCAGAAGGAUGUUGCCGCCGCUGCAGCCCCUGCACUGCCUGUGGCUGGCGGGAGCCCAGAAAAGCAGCUGAAUGCAGCCACAGGACCCAGGUUACCUCCCGGCAGAACCUCUCUGGGUCCUGAUCAGUUGAGCGCAGAGCCUGUUCCCAAGAGUCACGGAGCUCGUGGGAAGAAGGUCUUUGGCUCUGGCUUCACCGCGAGAGCGCAGCAUCCCGGCGUGCCGGAACCCUUUCCCAUGGCGGGCAUGCUGUCGCACAGCAAGCUCAUGCUGCCUCCACCCAAGGGUGCCCCGUUGGGAGCUGGCCUGCAGCCCACGAGGGAAGACGGUCCCCCGAAGCCGCGUGCUCAUGGCGGAGGCGGAGCCGAGAACAAGCACGUCCCGGCCUCCGCUGGCCCGGUCAAGAGGAACGUGGAGAAGCGGAAGGAGGCCUCGGUGGGCUCGGCCGAGUUCAUGGAGCAUCUGCAGAGUAUCCCCCUGGUGAGGGGCUUGCCCUUCUUCAAGUUGCCGCGAGAGCCGGGAAGGGGGCCGGCCCAGCCGCUGGAGCCGUCCUCCAUCCCUUCCCAGCUCAACAUCAAGCAGGCCUUUUACGGGAAGCUUUCGAAGCUGCAGCUUCAUCCUGCCGGUCUCAACCACGCCUCCAACGCGCCGGUUUUCCCCAGAAGUCUCGCGGAAAGCCUGAUGCCGCUGGGCCACAAAGUGAACUUUGCCGCGUCUCGCGGCGUGUCCCUCUCUGCACAGAUGUUCGCCGACAGCAGCACCAUGGAAGAACUUGCCCUCAAGUGCUCCUGCAGCCUGAAAGCCAUGAUCAUGUGCAAAGGCUGCGGGGCGUUUUGCCACGAUGACUGCAUCGGCCCCUCCAAGCUGUGUGUGUUGUGCCUUGUGGUCAGAUGAUGCAUUUCCGGCCCCUGGGAGGAACCGCCGUAUAUUUAGUGUGUCUGUUUUGAUAAAUGAGGAUCCCUGGACCUGUACGCGGAAUAUUCUGGUCAUUCUGGAGGUGAUGUCGACGGUGUACCUUUUGGUUUUCCUGCCACAAUGGGGACGGUCCGGUUUCCCAGGGCUUGCCCCUCAAAGGAACUGGUGAAUAGGUUGCCUGGUCAAUGCCCUCCCUGGCACUGGUGAUCUUGUCCCAUGAGCCUUUGGGGAAAGGAGGGCUGCUUUUUGUUGUUGAUGCCUCCGUAGGAACCAGAGCCAGCGCCGUCUGUUGCUGAAGGCCGGAGUUAGGUCUGCCCCAGCUUGCUGAAGGGAAGCAGAAUUCUGUCUUCCAUUCUCCCUUCCUGCCGUCUCCCUCGCUUGGCCUAUGGGCGUGGGGAAACCUUUUUGAGAGGCCUCCGUCUAGGCACAGCGGGAAAUCAGUGGCUGUGGGCUUCAGAUGUGGCAUGCAGGAAGCGGGGUGGCCACUGCAGUGGUGAGCAUGCCUCCCCAUCUGUCCUGGGGGCAGCUUUAGUCUGUGGCUGUCAACAGCCUGAGAACUGGGGCCACCCGUGAGUGCUGGGCUGCACAUGACUCCUUGCUUCCUGAGCAGUGUCAUUUUUUAAAAGUAUAUAUAUAGAUAUAUAUAUAAAUAUAAUUUUAAACUUUUUGUUCUUGGGUGUAAAAAGUGAAAUGUUUGGCUCCUAUAUGUACCCUCUAUGCAUCUGUUCGAUCAUGUAUUUAUAUGUUGUACACAGUACUGGCCAAUUCUGUAAAUUGAUGUUAUGUACAUAAAGGUUUUUGUUUGGGGGGUUUUUUGGGUUUUUUUUUUUUUUUAAAUUCCUUCAUUUUUCAGGCUGCAGCAGUAUUGCAUUAAAGUGGUGUUGAUUUCUAAUUGCUAUCCAUAGUCAGAGCUGCUGUAUGCUGCCCUGCCGUAGAGGCAAGGCUGGCCCACGCCUCACAGCUGUGACUGCCCGUUUGACUGUCUAGGUGGGCUGUGCUGCCUUUUGGGGAGAGGACAGUGUGUGCUUCUGUGGAAGGCCUCACCCGGCUGCUCAGGCGUUGACGUUUUGGUUUUUGUUCCCCCCCCCUCCGCCUUUACUCUUAGCGGGAGCAGAAGGGGGCCUGGCUCACGUGAGGAGGCAACCCAGUGUCUCAUCUUUGGGAGUUAGCGGCCGUGUUCCCUACGACGGUGUGAGGGAGGAAGCAAAUUCUCCCUUUUUAUUAAAAGUGAAUGGAUAGUGAAGGUCUGUUUAUCUCCCUCUCUCUCUUUCUUUAGCUCUUACCUACCUCUUCCUUGACCGGGCUCCUCUCUUUCAUUGCAGACCUCCUCGCUUGAGAGCUAAUAGAAGUGUAAAAAUCUGGGCUUCAUCUCCAAAAUGGUUUACUCCUAAAUCAGUGGCAGCUUUUUAGUCGGGAACGUGGGAAAGAGUAAGGUGAAGUGAAUCACGGUAUUAAAGGCAACUAAGCUGAUGGUCUGAAACCUGCUUACCAAAGAUGGGGGGGCAGUAACUGGGGGCCCCUCGCUCUGCAUCCUCCAGGGCCACUAUUGUGUACAGACUGAUGCUGGUCUGGUGGGGAGGGGGAGGGAGUCCUCUCUGACGACCCCUGAUGUUGUAUGUCCCUUGUGGUAUUGGAAAAAAAAAUAAAACCUUUUGAAAAGCUGAA